AAAUAAACAGAAGCAAAUCUUAAAAUCUGCAUGAUGACCCAGACUGGACAAUCACACUUUAAAUUUUCAAUUUUCAACAGCUAACUAAUUUAAUGCAGUCUGAUGUUGCGUCUUCUCGCCAUCUUGGACCAGCAGAUCCAGUGUAGGAGUCUAUGAGCCGUUCAGUUUAUUUGCAACUAGAUUCUGUGGAAUCGUACAUCGAAGACCUUCCAUAUAUGUUUUAUCUCGGCCUGUUUUUUGUAAACGUGCUGAUCCUCUACUAUGCCUUUCUGAUGGAGUACAUAGUCCUUAAUAUAGGGAUUGUGUUUCUGCCUGAGGAUAUGGACCAAGCACUGGUGGAUUUGGGCGUUCUGUCUGACCCGGCGUCCGUCCCGUACGACACAGACACUGAGUUGGAUGUUUUUGAGGGGUAUCUGGAGUAGACUGUGACUGUGGAGGAGACUGUGUCCAUGAGGAGCAUGGUCCAAAGUGCCAUUCAGUGCUUUGGUGGAGAUAAGUUGGCAAGAUUUGUGUUUCAGAGGACUGGAGGAACCAUGGACGUCUUGGCCGUGGAUGCUGGAUGUCUCUGCAGCCAGAUGUGGACAAAGACCAGGAUGUGGGCCUGGAUGCCUUACAGAAGAUACUAUGAUGUUAAAAAGUUCAGGGUCAAGGUCAAAGAAGAACCGACCCUGAUAUCAGGUGGCAUUCUCCCAGGGAAAGACUGAUACCACGUCCCUGUCUCAAGGUCUUACAGAAGAAUGGAUGGACGUCCGGCAUCGGCCAACGCUGCGGCACUAAUCACCAUGUUCACUUACUUAUGUUCGCUCUUAAUCGGUUCCUGACAUUUUCAUCAUUUUGGUUUACAUAAAAUAGACAACAUGGCCAUAACCGAGGAGUUUCAUCCUAUAGCACGCACACUUCAGUUUUGCAUCAGAUCUAAUAGUAAUAAAGCACUUAACACUGAUCUGACCUUAAGUUUUGGCCAGGCACGGAAGCCAUGAUGACCUAAUUCUGCAUGAUUGAUUGUUUUUGUUUUGUUUUUUUUCUUCUAGACUAGGUCUAGGUUUAGGUGAGCAAUACAUCCUGAAGACUGGCAUGGUUCUGAAAUCCUCAGUAUUGUGCUGCUUUAUAUGAGAUUCUCUUAUGAACUGUACAUUUGUUACAUGCUGUAAAAUAUGUAUUUGAUCUGCUGAUGCAUUUCAGAGACCCACAGUAUAUAUAUAAAUAUAUAUUUAAUAAAUAAUUACGGUCA